UCAUUAUUCUAAAGACUAGUAGCCGUCUGUGAUUUAUCUCUUCCGUGUUGAUCCUGAGACGGAUUAACAAAAUAUUGGGACGAACGUAUUCACCUUUUGUCAUCAAAUUGAGAGGAAUAAAGGAUCUCAAAGAUGCCUAUGUAAUUAAUUAGGCAAAUUGUAUCUAUCAGCUUUAUUUGAUGGUGUAUAUAUAUAUAUAUUAUUUUAUUUUAAUAUGUUAUUUAAUAUUUUCAUUUUAUCAUUACAAUGUCUUAUCGGGGUGCCACCUACGAUUAAGACACGAACAGUUGGUUCCCGCCAAUUUCUCCCCGCCAUCUCUGCUCGCGCCAACUUCCCCUCCUCCCGUUCCCAACUCACCUCUUCCUCUCCCGUCAAAAUCCUCCCUGGCCUCCCAUCCGCCAUGUCUCUUCUUGGCCUAUAGUCGAGGCCAACCAGUACCCCCUCCCCCAACAUCCUUCCCCACCCAUGGGCAACUGCUUCACCAAGCAGCCGGCCGUCCCUGCCUCGGUCGAUCCUGACGCCGAAGGCGACCCCAAUGACGCCUCCUCCGACUCCUCCAUUCAGAAUCCCCCUACCAUCGCCACGGCCAAGCCCGCCGCCGCCAUCGGCCUGGUCCUCGGCCGCCCCAUGGAGGACGUCCGCGCCACCUACUCCGUCGGCAAGGAGCUCGGCCGCGGCCAGUUCGGCGUUACCUACCUCUGCACCCACAAGGCCACCGGCGAGAAGCUGGCCUGCAAGACCAUCGCCAAGCGGAAGCUCACCAACAAGGAGGACAUCGAGGACGUGAGGAGGGAGGUGCAGAUCAUGUACCACCUCUCCGGCCAGCCCAACAUCGUCGAGCUCAAGGGCGCCUACGAGGACAAGCAGUCGGUGCACCUCGUCAUGGAGCUCUGCGCCGGCGGUGAGCUUUUCGACCGCAUCAUCGCCAAGGGACACUACACCGAGCGGGCCGCCGCCUCCUUGCUCAGGACCAUCGUGCAGAUCGUGCACACUUGCCAUUCCAUGGGGGUCAUGCACAGGGACCUCAAGCCCGAGAACUUCCUCUUGUUCAGUAAGGAAGAGGACUCACCGCUCAAGGCCACCGAUUUCGGCCUCUCAGUCUUCUUCAAGCAAGGUGAGGUAUUCAAAGACAUAGUUGGCAGUGCAUAUUACAUCGCACCUGAAGUCCUCAAACGAAAAUACGGACCCGAAGCUGAUAUUUGGAGCAUAGGGGUGAUGCUCUACAUUUUCCUCAGCGGUGUUCCUCCCUUUUGGGCUGAAUCUGAACAAGGGAUCUUUAAUGAUAUUUUAAGAGGAGAGAUUGACUUCGCAAGUGACCCAUGGCCUAAAAUUUCUCCUGGCGCUAAGGAUCUUGUAAGGAAGAUGCUGAAUUUGGACCCUAAACAAAGGCUAACCGCAUUUGAAGUUCUCAAUCAUCCUUGGAUCAAAGAAGAUGGGGAAGCACCUGAUACACCACUUGAUAAUGCUGUUCUUGGUAGACUGAAACAAUUCAGAGCAAUGAAUCAAUUUAAGAAGGCUGCAUUAAGGGUGAUUGCAGGAUGCUUAUCAGAGGAGGAGAUACAAGGUCUUAAGGAAAUGUUCAAGAGCAUGGACUCCGACAACAGCGGAACUAUUACUCUUGAAGAGCUAAAGCAGGGUCUCGCAAAGCAAGGAACAAAACUAACAGAGACUGAAGUGAAGCAGCUCAUGGAAGCUGCUGAUGCGGACGGUAACGGAACAAUCGACUACGAGGAGUUCAUCACAGCAACCAUGCACAUGAACAGAAUGGAUAGAGAAGAGCAUCUGUAUACCGCAUUCCAAUACUUCGAUAAGGACAACAGUGGCCAUAUUACGAGGGAAGAACUUGAGCAAGCUCUGAAAGAGAAAGGGAUGUUUGAUGAAACAGAAAUCAAGGGUAUCAUUGAUGAUGUUGAUGUUGACAAUGAUGGAAACAUUAAUUACGAUGAGUUUGUGGCAAUGAUGCGAAUGGGGAACCCUGAUCCGAAUCCAAAGAAGAGAAGGGAUGUGGUUAUCUGACCAUAAGUUCUGUUGGAGCUUGUGAAUGUGAUCGACACUUUCUGUGGGUUUCAUGUACAAAUUUCUCUUUUUUUUCCCAUAAAAAAUUGUACAAAUCUUGCUUGUGGGGACGAGUUAGGAGAAGAGUUCAAGUGUCCAACCAUUGUAUGUCUGAUUUGAGGGGGGUUAGC